CCCCUGAGCCACAACAUCACCACCCUCCCCCAGCAAAUUUAAUUUAGAGACAGGCUCUUUCUGUGUUGCUUAGGGCCUCGCUAAAUUGCUGAGGCUGGCUUUGAACUCACCAUCCUCCUGCCUCAGCCUCCCAGCCCCUGGGAUUAGGUGGACAUCACGGUGCCCUGCCUUGGUUUUUCUCUUUUGAUAAACCUAAAAAAGAUACCAAAAAGCUCCAUGGGGCUUUUUUUGUUGAAACACAGGGCAACUAUUUGUCAACUAUUGUCCUCAGCUGGCGUCUCUGGCCACAAGACCAGGAGCACAGGACGAGUCCCUUUCAAUGUCCCGUAAUACCGUGAUUGGUUGAGACAGGUCCAGACUUACCCCCCAAGAUGCUAGUGCCCAAGAUGCUGGGCAAAGAGGGCAGGCUGUUCAUCCUGGGAUACGCCUUGGCUGCUAUCUGCCCCAGGGGCCAGGGCAGGACCAGGCCGCUGCCCUUGAACAAAACCCAAGCUGUGUUAGCAAGAGAGAAGGCAGGAAAAGUGCAGGGUGGCACCCGCUGGGCUUUGCCACAAACCUGUAUGACUAGGUGGGGCCGGCCCUGAGGAAGAGGGGAGGGGCGAUGCCGGCCCGGCAGCCAGGGCACCUGAGAGGAGCAAUGGCAGCCAGGUGGGUGGACACGGCGGGCGACGGCCGAGGAGCAUGAGAUCACUUCCGAAGGUGGGCAGGGGCCCGAGUGCCAAGAUCUAGGGGCCUUCCCUGUCCAAGAGUCUGGGCUUUACCCACCAGCAGGGAAGAAAAUCACGGAUGAUUCCAGGCCGGACGGCUUGGGAGCCCUAGGCUGGGGGACGUCCCCUCACGUCCGCUGUGCCAGCCUCCUGCUAGUGCCCAAGAUGCUGGGCAAAGAGGGCAGGCUGUUCAUCCUGGGAUACGCCUUGGCUGCUAUCUACGCAGGGCCAGUGGCCAAUCUGCAGCACAACCUCAAUGAAGUGAUAGCAUCUCUGGGCUGCACCGUGGAGCAUCAGAUCAAGAACGCCCGCGCGGCCUGGCGCAUCUCCACAGCCCCCCUGCGAGCAGUGUUCAAGGACCUACUGAGCAGCAGAGCAUCGUUGAAAGCAGAAGCGAAGAACAUUUCCACCUCCUUUGAGGACCUGGAUGCCCAGGUGAAUAGUGAGGCUGGCUUCGUUCCUGAGGAUGCCGCGGACUCGGAAGAAACAGCCCAAGGUGCCCAGGCCCGCGGGGCCCCACGCUCCAGACUCCACCUCUCCACCCAGAAGAUGUAUGAGCUCAAGACCAAGCUGCGCUGCUCCUAUGUGGUGAACCGGGCCAUACUCAGCUGCCAUCGCUGGUUUGACCAAAAGCAUCAGGAGUGCAUGCGGCGAAUCUCAGUCCCGCUCCUCAACCACUUGUUCUGCCUGCCCAUGAAGUUCAAGUUCUUCUGUGACAUUGCCAAGGUGAUGGAGGUUUGGUGUCGCAGUCGCAUCCCAGUGGAAGGCAACUUUGGGCAGACCUACGACUCCCUCAACCAAUCCAUUCGUGGUCUGGAUGAGGAAUUUUCAGCCAAUAUUGACAUCAAGGAGGAGAGGCAGGCCGCGGUGCUGGGCGUCAACCUGAGCUGGCAGCACGUGAGCACGGAGGUGCGGGAAUCCGUGCAACGGCAAGAAGCCCGGCUGCAGUGGGCCCUGGGGCUGCUGCACGUGCUGAUGUCCUGCGCCUUCCUGCUGGUCCUCCACUCGUGCUUCUCCUACAUGGACAGCUAUAACGGGGACAUUCGCUUUGACAACAUCUACAUCAGCACCUACUUCUGUCAGAUCGACGAGCGCAGGAGGAAGCUGGGUAAACAGACUCUGCUGCCCCUCCGCAAGGCUGAGGAGAAAACUGUCGUCUUCCCCUUCAAGCCCACCAUCCAGGCUCAAGAAAUGAAGAACCUGGGGAAGGAGCUCCUGGGCACGCUGCCCAUUGCGCUGCUGCUGCUGCUGCUGUGCGGGCUGGACUGGGCGCUCUACUCGGUCUUUGACACCAUCCGCCAGCACUCCUUCCAGCAGUACUCCUUCCGCAGCAGUCAUAAACUGGAGGUGAAGGUAGGGGGAGACUCCAUGCUUGCCCGGCUUCUUCGGAAAACCAUUGGGGCCCUGAACACCUCCUCAGACACAGUUGUGGAAUCAAACAACCUGCCCUGCCUGCCCCAGCCCGUGUGCAUGGAUGCCAGGGCCUACUGGAGGGCCUCACUGCCCAUUGUCCUGCUGGUGUGUCUCUGCCUAGCCCAGGCUUUCGGCUACCGGCUCCGGAGGGUCAUUGCAGCCUUCUAUUUCCCCAAGCGAGAGAAGAAGCGGGUCCUGUUCCUCUACAAUGAUCUAUUGAGGAAGAGAGCAGCUUUCACCAAACUGAGGAGGACUCUCAUCAUAAGGCGCGCUCAACAGCAGAGGGGUCCACGCCACCACCUGGUGGACACCCUGCACCACCGCUGCCCGCUCGUGCGCCGCUGGCUGCGCCGGCGAUGCGUAGUGUGCCAGGCGCCCGAGACACCCGAGUCCUACGUGUGCCCAACGCCAGAAUGCGACGCCGUGUACUGCCAGUCGUGCUGGAACGACAUGAAGAAUCUGUGCCCGGUCUGCACACCCCGCGAGGAGCUCUCCUCCUCUGCUUACAGCGACAGCAACGAUGACCUUAAGUACGCGGAGUGAGGGGCGUACCUCUGGCUUCCGCCCACCUUCCCGUUUAAUAAAACGUCUUGCUGGC